UGUGUCACAAACUCUUUUCCGACCGCAGCUCGCGGGUUCGACUCCGUCCUGACGUGUCGAGCCGCUAAAGGUCCGCACGUGGGCUGCUGUGAUUGGACAGAAAGCACCGGCGCGAUGAUGUGGACAGAAAUGAAGACAAACAGGUGGAGGUUUAUGUAAAUAACAAGAGGAGUGAAAGUGUUUGUUCUGCUUCCUGUUACACAAUGUGUGGAGGGUAGCAGGUGGAAACACUGGAUUGAACCCGAGCAGCAGACGUGUUGUCCCUUCUCAUCGGGAGGAGCUGUCAGUCAGAGGGGGGUCUCGGCUCGGCCCCGCUUCCGCCCGACGCGCGUGUCCGUCUCCUGUUGACGGGAGCGCGCUCACCAUGCCCCAGAUGUCGGCCGCCGCGCUGCUGCAGCUCGCGCUCCUGCUGUCCGCCGUGCCCGCGCAGUACUUUAUCUCCCGGUGGAGCGGCUCGUCCGCGGUGCAGCGCUUCCACGCCACUUCACGGUUACUAAGGAUUUGGAAAGAGUGGAGAAGCUCGUACCUCAAUGGCACUGCAUGGAUGGACUGGUCCAACCAGCACAUGUCUUAUGUCAUGUCUCUGCUUGGUUGGGAACAGGAAGAAACACAUGACCUGCCUCCACUAGAGACUAUGCUUUAUGGCAACGACCAGGGCUUCUUUGGAGCAUCAACAACAGUGCGCAGCCACCGGCCUCCUUUUGUGUUUCUACGAGUCGGCGAGGUGGUGCUGGAAAGGAAGGGUCACAUGGUCGGGGUGGUGGUGAGCUGGGACCCUGAACUGCGAGCCCCUCCAGAGUGGAUUGAGAGGAUGUAUUCUGGCCCUGAGGGCAUCCCGGCAGAGAACACACCGCAUUACAAGGUACUGUUCAGCGGACCUGGACCCACCUCUCUGCUAGUUGCAUAUUUGCCUCAGACACAACUGGAGCGCAUCACUGGGAUGAGGCCGGAAAUCCCCACCUUGGAGAAUUACUUCACACAUUUUGAUGGCGAGCGGUUCAUCAUGCAGCCCUGGCUCAGAGAGCUCUUUCCUGAAGAUGAGGUCAGCGAUGCCAGUGAUGCCUGACUGCUUGCUCUCUAAGAUCAGAUCCAUCCAGCUGAGGCUUCCAGGGUCAAUCACUGAGCUUGCGUUCAGGUUUUAUGAUCAAAUGUUGAAUUUAAAUCUAUUUCAUUUGUUAUUAGAAGACAUACUUGAAUGUUUGGCGAGUUAAAGGUAAAAGAUAAUCAGUAUAAAUGCUUGAAAUGUGACAAAUUAUUUUGAAAAUCAGCUGUAUAUAUUUUUACCAUGUACAUGACAGUGUUGACUCCUGCACUUUGAAUCAGCUGAAACUAUGCAAUAAAAUGUGUUAAAGUGUGA